UUUUGCACCCAUUUCUCCCCGGCCGUCGCUCUGCUUCUCCCCAUCCUAUAUAAGGGAUCGAGCUGAUAGUCGAAAAGACGACUGACUACCCUUCUGCUGAGUACUCCCUGGUGGAGGAUGUAGCCCUCCACUUCACGUGUUUGAUGGACAGACUGAACGAGCAGCGCCUCUUUCAGCCGGACCUGUGCGACGUGGACAUCGUGCUGGUGCAGCACAAGAGCAUCUUCCCGGCGCACAAGGGGGUCCUGGCCGCCUACAGCCAGUUCUUCCACUCCCUCUUCACCCAGAACAAGCAGCUGCAGCGCGUGGAGCUCUCCCUGGAGGCCCUCACCUCGCAGGGCCUCCAGCAGAUCCUCAACUUCAUCUACACCUCCAAGCUGCUCGUCAACUCCUGCAAUGUGCAGGACGUGCUGAACGCGGCCGCCGUGCUGCAGAUGAACAACAUCGCGUCGUCCUGCCAGGACCUGCUGGACACGCGCUCGCUCAGCCUGGCCACCGACAUGGCCCUGCCCGCCGAGGGCUGCGCGGGGCCCCCGCCCUACUACUGUGAGAUCAAGCAGGAGGUGGACGCCCCCCACCCCAAAAUCUACGCCCGGGAGGGCAACGACCCCUUCUCGGUGCGGGUGGAGGACGGGACGGGCGGCGGGACCCUCCCCGCCGGCCCCGCCAAGCAGUACUACAAGGAGGAGAAGGACGGCGGUGCCGGCACCGUGUGUAAGAUGGAGGGUGAGGAGUCCGAAGAGGACCUGGACAGCCAGGGCUCGUACAACCGGGAGCAGAUCAUCGUGGAGGUGAACCUCAACAACCAGACCCUCAACGUCUCCAAGGGCACGGAGGGCAAGGCGGCCGCCAGCGAGGCGGCCGUGAUGGGGCGGCCGGACGGCGACGGGCGCGACACGGAGGAGGACGGGGAGGAGGAGAAUGAGGAAGGGGAGGAGGAGGAGGAAGAGGAGGAGGAUGCGGAGGUGGGUGAUGAGGAGGAGGAGGAGCGCAGCGAGGAGGAAGACCUGGAGGAGACGACGGAAGAAGAGGAUGAUGAUGAUGACGAUGAAGACGCGUCGGAGAUGAAAAGGGAAAAGGGUGGGCAGCCCCGCCGGGGCAGCCGGGCCUCCAAGGCCACCAAACCCACCAUGGCAACCAGGUCCCAGGAGAUGGCCAAGGUGGAAGAGGAGGAGGAGGAGGAAGAAGAAGGCCAGCGAGGGAGGAAGAGGAAAAAGGAACAGGAUGGUUUGGGGCAGAAGGUGAAGCUGGAGGAGAAGCAGCAUUACCCCUGCAAGAAGUGCCCCCGGAUCUUCAACAACCGCUGGUACCUGGAGAAGCACAUGAACGUCACCCACAGCCGGAUGCAGAUCUGUGACAAGUGCGGGAAGCGCUUCCUGCUGGAGAGUGAGCUGCUCCUGCACCACCAGACCGACUGUGAGAAGAACAUCCAGUGUGUGACGUGUGGGAAGGGCUUCAAGAAGCUCUGGUCUCUCCACGAGCACAACAAGAUCGUCCAUGGUUACGCAGAGAAGAAGUUCUCCUGCGAGAUCUGCGAGAAGAAGUUCUACACCAUGGCCCACGUGCGCAAACACAUGGUUGCACACACCAAGGACAUGCCAUUCACCUGUGAGACCUGCGGGAAGUCCUUCAAGCGUAGCAUGUCCCUCAAGGUCCACUCACUCCAGCACUCUGGGGAAAAGCCUUUUAAAUGCGAGAACUGCAACGAGCGCUUCCAGUACAAGUACCAGCUGCGCUCCCACAUGAGCAUCCACAUCGGCCACAAGCAGUUCAUGUGCCAGUGGUGUGGCAAGGACUUCAACAUGAAGCAGUACUUCGAUGAGCACAUGAAAACACACACAGGUAAGAGCCCCUGA